AUUUCCAUGACUCAGUCUGAAGAAAUUGUUCUGCGGCCAGGCAGGUCCACUCUGCUGGCUCCACUUCGCAAUGGAGAUUUCAAUACAUUUUUCUAAGUUUUCUGUACUUUUCUCUUGAUCCUGUUCGCCUUUUCACCAUGAAUUACUCAAACUACGUCGUAGGUGGUCUCGCCUCGGUCGGUGCCACUUUCUUCACUAACCCAUUCGAAGUGAUAAAAACGCGCAUCCAACUGCAAGGCGAGCUGGCAGCCAAAGGAACUUAUGUGGAGCCCUAUCGUAGCGUUAUGCAAGCGUUCUUGACGGUAGCCAAAAACGACGGAGUUCUGGCAUUGCAAAAAGGUUUGGUUCCUGCCUUGUACUUCCAAUUUAUUUUGAAUUCCUUCAGGUUGGGAAUGUAUUCGGCCGCUGAGGAGAAAGGAUGGUGUUCCGACCGCCAGGGCAAAGCUUCCUUUUCAAAAGGAUUGUUCUGGGGUGCUGCAGGAGGAAUCGUCGGUUGCUAUACCAGCAGUCCUUUCUUCCUUGUGAAAACACAAAUGCAAGCCCAAGCUGCAGCGAACAUCGCUGUGGGCUACCAGCACAAACAUCAUGGAAUGAUGAACGCAUUUCGAGAAAUCUACACGAGCGGGGGUGUGAAAGGCCUGUGGCGAGGAGCAGUAGCCACUAUUCCCCGUGCUGCAUUAGGCAGUGGAGCACAAAUCGCAACUUUCGGAUCAACGAAGGACUUUCUCAGGCGUCACGACUUGGUGACUAACCGAGUACUUAAUUCCUUUGUGGGCGGAGUAAUUGCAGGCACAGUGAUGUCUCUGGCUAUCACACCACCGGAUGUUAUCUUGACGCGCCUUUACAACCAAGGAGUCAAUGAGAAAGGCGAAGGAAUAUACUAUCGUGGAGUGGUCGAUUGUUUCUGGAAAAUUUGGAAAAUUGAAGGCAUUUUUGGGCUCUACAAAGGAUUCUGGCCGAACUAUCUUCGUUUGGGGCCACAUUCAACGUUGGUACUUUUAUUCUUUGACGAGCUUAUGGCUGCCAAAAAGAAAUAUUGGGAUUAAUAGGAAAAAAUUAUUGUUGUAUAUUUUCUAAUGCCAUAGUACAAUUUAGUAGCAAAUAUACCUUUUUAAAUAGAAA